AUGACGAAGGAAUCGGACAACAUAAGCCAAUUACCAGAUCACAUAACCGACCAAAUCCUGUCAUGCUUGUCGAUUAAGGAUGCAGUCAAGACUAGUAUUUUGUCGACAAAGUGGAGGUACAAAUGGUCCUCUCUACCAGAACUUGUGUUUGAUGAUCAAUGUACCAGCGUCGGGGGAGUUCCUUCUCUUCAGCCAUCUCUGGAUGCAAACUUGGUGAAGACAAUUGAUACGGUCCUCUUGCUUCAUACUGGCCCAAUACAGAAGUUCCAGCUCUCUCAUACAGGAUUUUCCGCGACGAGUGAUAUUGACCGCUGGAUUCUUCAUUUAUCCAGGGUCUCCGUCAAAGCAAUCGUGCUUCACAUCCGGAAAGGGCAGAAAUACAGGAUUCCCAUCUCCUUAUUCAAUUGCCAGGAAUUGAAUUUUUUGAAACUCUGCAACUGUGUGGUGAAAAUCCCAUCAACAUUUGAAGGAUUAAAAAACUUGCAAAUAUUGCAUUUUAAGUCCGUUGAGUUGUCUCCGGACAUGCUUGAGGCUCUGAUCUCGCGCUGUCCCCUACUAAAAAAACUAGUUUUGGUUAACUUAAAGGGGAUAUGGCGAGUUAACAUCAAAGCUCGCAACCUCAAGUCGCUCCGUCUUAGAGGAGCUAUUCCAGAUGUCACAUUAGGUGAUGUGGACUGUUUGCAGUGGGUCAUGAUAAAUGCAUAUGAUGAUUUUGCUAACAGACAUGGACCCAGCGAUGCCACCAUGAGCAAUUUGCACAAAUUUUUUCGAAAUCUGCCCAGAACUCCGGGUCUGAAGCUUGAAAAAUACUCGCUGAAGUAUUUGGCUGUUGGAAAUGUUCCACAGACAUUGCCCAAUGCACUGGUUCAUUUGACGUGCCUCAUCACGUCCAUAGACUUCAAUAGUGUGGAGGAGAUUUUGACUGUUAUCUGUCUAAUCAAAAGGUCACCUCAGUUGAGAGAAGUACGCUUUAAGGCUCGUGCCGGGGAGCAGCCUGCGCUUGGAACAGAAGCCAACUCUUGGGAAGAUCACCAGUCAUCUUGCUGCCAACAAGUGAGAGUUGCAUCACUGAUCGACAUUUCUGGUGGCCAACCAGAGCUUCGCUUCAUCAAGUUUCUGCUUUCUCAUUUGCCGGGGCUACAAAAGAUGAGAAUUAAGCCUAAAUACAGAACUGGGAAUGACAAGUUGUUCAGGGAGUUGCUGCGGUUCCCACGAUCAUCGGCACAAGCUGAGCUGAUCUUUCUUGAUCCUGCAAAUCCAUGA